CCUCUUUUUCCCUCAGAUUUUCCUUUUUUAUUUUUCGCUUGUAUCUUUGCUUGUGUUCAGUCCCUGCACAUUUCCUUUCCCUAAAGGCAAAUCUGACUCCAAACGAGCAUUGGAGACCAUGUCUACAGAACACUCAUCCACAAGAGAGGAGGAAAGCUCUGGCCAAGAAUCUCGUUUUAAGUCUAAACAGAGGAAGAUGUUACACCUUCUCUUGGAGAGAGACACUUCCUUCACCAUCUGUUCAGAUCUUCCCAGGUCUGCUGAUUCUGCAAACCUAAGCAUUUUGUCUGGAGGAACUCCAAAACGUUGCCUUGAUCUUUCGAAUCUUAGUGGGGAGAUGUCUGCCACUCAGCUUACCACUUCUUCAGACCUUGAUGAAACUGGUAGGGAGAAGGAAGGUCUCUUGCAUUCUUCAGGACCUCUGGAAGUACAGUUAGCUGGAAUGAAUCAUCACCAAGACCUUAUGAAAGGCAACAUAGCACAGCUUCUUUGUAGCACACCAAAUGCUUUGGAUCAUGACCUUCGAAAGAAAGAUUUGAUAUGUAGUUUAUCUACAAAUAAAGAAAACAACAAUGGAAUCUUGGAAAAUGAAAUGAAAUAUCUAGGCAGUCCCAUUACUGCAGUUUCAAAGUUGGAUAAAAAUCCAAAACUAGAAGACAACAUGAUAGAAGGGAUUUCAAGAGAAUUGACUGACUUUUCCUUGAAAGAUGAAGAAGACAUCAAGGUACAGUGCCGUUCCCUGAGAGGAGAGGACAGGGCUCUGAACCAGUAUCCUGCACUGUAUUAUCCAGAGCUGUAUAUCCUCAAAGGGGGCUACAGAGACUUCUUUCCAGAAUAUAUGGAGCUGUGUGAACCCCAGAGCUACUGCCCUAUGCAUCACCAGGACCAUCAGGCUGAGCUGCUGAGAUGUCAAAGCCAAAGCAAGGCUCAGGAAGGGGAGCGGCAACUUCGGGAGCAGAUUGCCCUCCUGGUGAAGGAUGUAAACCCCUGAUGGUGAUUUAGCCACUGGUGAUGAAGAAGUCACCAAAAGACAUUGUGGUGACCCUGAGGCCAUCAUCUCUGUAGUAACCUAGGAUUGUUUAAAAAAAAAGAUGUCCACACAACAGCAAGCUGCUGCACUAAGGAAAUCCCAGGAGUAGGGACUGGUUAGGUUUCAGGGGAGCUGAUGGCUGGUAGCUGAAUCUGAGAGCUAGCUCUGGAAGGCUGUGGCUUUGAAUUAUGUAGAGAUUUGUGUCACUUUCAGGAACUCCUGCAUUUCUCUUCCCAAUUUCUGUCUUUUCUCUAGCCAAAUAGUUUUUUUGUCUCUCUAGGCUCCUGGCUCUUUGUCCUCCCCUACUCCUUUCCCACAAAAAUGAAAAAGUAAACAUUUCAGAAUAAGAACUGUGAUUGUGGGCCCACAUCUGCUCUUAGAUCACCAACUUAGACUCCUUUAAAGGUCUGGGAAUAUUGUUCAGUUGUAAAAUGCUUGCCUACUAUCCAUCACUAUAUUUGUAGUGCUGGGUUCAAUCCCCAGCACUACAAAGAAAAAAGAAA